AAACUUUUGAACCAACAAUAAGGAGCUGCGUCUUCUUUCUAAGCGUUACGGUAGUCGCCCUCUUUACUACCCGGAAGGAAGACUGCUGUGUAGUUCGUUUUCAGGGCUAACACACAUAGACUGAGACCCUGCGGUGUUGUUUUGCAACAUACUUUCCUGUAAAACAUGUCCGCAGACAUGCCAGCGGCGCUCGGCAGCCUUAACAUGGAGUCGCAGCUUAUGUCCAUCAUGAACGUGUUGGUGAAAGCUGCCGUAGCGGAGAUCGUACAGCUAUUCUCGGAGAGCUCCGAGUCUAUGCGGCUGCAUCUCACCCAGAGUCUGAGGGAGAACGAAAACCUGAGGACGAGGAUGAAGGUGAUGAGGAGUGAGCUGUUUUCCCUGAAGCUCCAAACCAGGACGAACCGACCGGGCAGCCGCUUCUCUGCCUUCAGAGGCAAUGUAACCAAACCUCGGCCAAAACUGCAGGCAGUGUUUAUGAAGCCAGCACAGGGUGAUAAAACCGUUCUUGAAACUGCUUCCACCUCUGUCCCCCAAACCAAGUUGUCCUCCUCCGCUGUCCAAGUGCAGUGUGCAGAUGUGGACAGUCCAGAGGUCAUUCUGAUCAAAGAUGAGGAUGAUGUUGUAGGAUCUGCGCCCGACAUUGGUCAAAAUAACUUUGGAGAGGAUUGCAUGCAGGGUGCAGGGAAUCAGAGCUUAGACUCAUCCGGCUCAUCCUGCUUGAUCGAUAAUAACAAGCAGCUGAGGAUCGUGAAUGUUCACAGCGUGGGAGAGGCCCCUCUGCAGGAGGACGGCGACAUCCUCUUCUCUGCCUCUGAACUUCAGGCUUUGAGCGUCCUGUCUGACCACAGCAUCCCUCCAGAGACGAUUCUUAAUUUCUCGAGUGGUGCGAAUGGCCGUGCACCGGUUGGAGCGGUGCAGGAAAACUGUACUGAAGUGGUGAGAAACAUCCAACACGAAAGGGAUCCUCCCACGCGGAGAGCUUCAGCAGCAGGGAGCCAAGCAUUAAAUUCCCCCACAGUGGACGCAAAUGGACAGCCCAUCCACUUCUCGCAACAGCACAACGUCCUCCCCAACCCGAUCAGCAAAUCCCUGGACUGCGGCUUCUGCGGCGAGCGCUUCCACAGCCGCGAGGAACUUAUCGUGCACCGCGCCGGCCACACCGGCGAGUCGCCCAUGCCUUGUUCCUUGUGCAGCAAGACUUUCGCGAACAAGACCACGCUGGCCAUCCACAUGCGGAUUCACACGGGCGAGAAGCCGUACGCCUGCACGCAGUGCGGGAAGCGCUUCACGCAGAACGGCAGCCUCAAGAUCCACCUGAGGACGCAUUCUGGAGAGAAGCCGUUCUCGUGCAGCCAGUGCACCGCCAGCUUUAACAACCCGAGCAACCUGCGCAGACACAUGAUCACGCACAAUUCCACCCUAGGGCUGUGAUCUCAAUUAAGUGGUCAGGAUCCAGAUUUUUUUUUUUUUUUUUAUGACUUCCAGGAAUUUAAUGUUUUGUUUAUCAUAAGAAAACAAACCGCAGCCGCACAGUAGUGUUUGUUGAGUCAGAGUUUGACAUUUCCUGGCUUGCAGUGUGAGCAGCAGAAGAACUCCUGACUUAAUCCCUGAAAUGAAAACAAAACCAGAAAUAUGGUCCAAGUAUUUCAGAGCAUUCCUAAUAAGACAUUUAACUUUACAUUUUGUUCUUAUGUUGCAUAUGCAAAGCUCCGGUGUUAAAUACCAAACUAACCAUACAGUUGGUUGAAGUUACGUAAUUAAUUGGAGAACCGUAAAAGCAGGAUAUUAAUUUUAAUGUUUUAACUUGAUUCAGCCUAAGGAAAGCUGCUGUGAAUGUCCUGGCAAGACGUUGCGUGAGCAAUGAUGUUUAAAAUUCAAUGAUUCGGUUACUUCAGAGUCAUGCUGACACUAAUUUAGCAAUUAAAUACAGUACAAAUACAAAAGGGUAUCUUUUAUAGGUUGUAACGUAUCACGUAAGACAUUAAUAAAAGUGGCACAAAUACGGGGCCUGCUGCCUCAGCAUUCUGGUGGGUUGGUGGUUCUCUGUGCUCGGGUGAAUCUCGGCUUUUCUUAAAUCCACCUUCCUCUUUUAGGCCAGUGUCGAGCUAGCUCUGCACUGUUGGUAUUGCCAUUGCUCAUUCUUUCUGGCGCUUGCUCGACACUCCUAGACACCAUAAAACCAUUUUCUCUACAACAAAACCUCUUGAAGACCCUUAAAUGUUUAUGUCCCCUGCAACAGUGGCUGCAGAUUUCCUUCUGUAUGAGCCCAAUAUGUCACCAGUUGCUGCAUGUUUUUUUCUUUCUUUUGGAAGGAACUACUGUUAAUUCAAAUCGAUAAAGGCCUCCAUAACAUUUACUUCUUUUAUAAUGCAGUUAAUUAACUAAUUUGAUUGAUACAAUUAUUUUAUUUGUUCUCCUUUACGGUGUUAUUAAAAUUAACUGGCAUUUUUAGCUAUUGCUAAAAAUAUGCAACGCUGUUAUUUUGGUUAUUUUUAAGCCAAUAAAGUUCAUUGAGAUGACAAAGUUUGAUAACUAAACUGACCUUUUGCCAUAAAAACAGAAACACCCGUGUGUCACUGCCAAAACUUUUGAUCAUGACUGUAUUCACAUUAGCAGUGUAUCUAGAUGUGCUUUAUUCCCAGCUAUUUUAAAGUACUACUUAGUUAUUGUUAUGAAUUUUGUUGAUUGAAAGCAUUUUUUUUUAAAUCUUGCAUAAAUUUUUUUUUAGUUUUUUGUUUUGAAUUUUUCUUCACGUCAUUGUUUCAGUAAUUUGAAGCAUUUCUUGUUCAUUGAUUCUCAUUUGAAUUUAGUUCAGAACAUUGACAAAAUUAAUUAGUUUAAACUUUAUAAUUUUCAAGUAUUGUUUGAUAAAUGAUUCAAUUUAAAAACUUUUUUUUUUUUUUUUUUUAGUUGCCAAAAAAACAUAUUUCAGGUCAGAACAUAAAGCUUAUUCUAAAUUAUUGAAAACACUUUGCCUGGGCAAAUUUUAUUGUUGAUAUAUGUAAAAACUAAAAGAGCUACAAUGCCAGAAAUAUGUGUUAACUUGCCUUUUUUAAGAUUUGGGGAGCAUUAUUCUGUUUAAGUUUUAGAUUCCAAAAAAUAUUUUAAAUGAACACUUACGUUAAAAAUAAGAUCUUGAUUUACUUUCUUGUAUUUUAUUAUCAGUCAAAUGAACUUUGUAGAACAUUUUAACAUAGCAUUGAGACCUGCUUGUUUUUUCUUUUCAGAAUUUAUUUAAGAGCAAUUUUAAAGUUUAGAAAAGAAUGACUGUUCCUCUCUGGGAGCAUUAGGGGAGCUGCAUUUAAAGAUCCUUUAACACAUACUAUGCAUUUUGAAAUAAUCGUCUGAGUUUUCAUACACAGCACAAUGAAUUGUAAAAAAUAGACAAAGGAAGGCAGCAUUUCCUUGUUUUUGUGAUUGUGUGCAAUUUUCAUUUAUAAACAAACUUCCACCAACUUUAUUGCUCGAUUUCCAAGUUUUUAUACUUAACAGAUAGUUUAUGACUUGUUUUUUGUGUUAUUUGCUAUUUAGUGUCAGAUAUUCUGUCAUAAAUAAACAAUUUUCCAUACUGCA